AUGCAGCGAAACGAACCGACGCGAAAGUCGCGACAGGGCAGGAUAUGGAUCCGAGAUGCCGGCCUGAUCCUGCUAGGGGUUCUCAGCCUCAUCUUCCGACAGAGUUCUCCUGGCGGAGUCGAUGUUGCGUGGUCCCACAGCACGGGGAGAGAAGGUCCACGAUCUCACGGCUUCCACCGCCGUUUGCGGCGCCAGGUGUUGGGGCCUGCUGUAGCACUGCUGGCUGCCGAGGACUGGCCGGCGUUUAGCGCGCGAGCCGAAGACAAAACACCGAUCGACUUGGAUACAUACAAGUCGAAGAUUACGAGGCUCUUGGGCGAGGUGCCAGUUUACGCAGUGACGGACCCAUCGGGCUCGCCUGUUUUAGAGGAUGUCGAGCAAAGACUCGGCCGGUUCUACAUGGAUCCGGAUGAUGCGUCUGCGGCUCUCCGGCGAGUGAACACAGGCUCCAAGAACCUCGAGGUCCGAAAGUUGGUUCCAACCCCGGGUCUCUGGCCAGCCGGAACUGCUUCAGAGAAGGGCUGUAUGUUGGAGCAGCUGAAGGGCCGAGCCCAAGAGAAGUUCCUCUUGGAGGUCGCAGAGGACGAUGUCGUGCUUCGCGCCCAGCCCCAGAUCGAUGCUGCGAAGGUCGGGCUGCUGGAGUAUGGCCAAGUAGUCCUCGUUCGAGACUUCUCUGACGGGUGGGCGCGGCUACACGAAGACGAGGUAUGGGCGAGCAAUGUCCUGGCUGAGAGCGAGGAUUUUGAUGAUGAGCCCCCGGUGUUCGUUCUUGUGGAUGGACGGCGUUUCGGUUUGCCACGUUACCUCCACCACUGCAGCACCAACCUUGAGGAAUGGCAAUACAGCGAAGCGCUGCAGUGUGCUGAGGCCAACGGUGUACUUUGGCGGAAGCUUCGAAAAGGCUUGAGGCCAAAGUCACUUGUCGACCUUGCAUGGUUGAGUGGCUGGCAUUCGCCGGACGGCACCAUCUUUGAGGCACCGCCUUUGCUGCACGAAGACCAUCGUGACCUGGACCGCCCCUUGCCACGUCUCUGCGUUGCCUCCAUGGUGAGGGGAAUCGCGCCCAGAAUGCUGGAGAGCCUGAUACUUCAUCAUCAUGCCAAUGGCUUCGAGAAAGUCGUCAUCUACUUCGACUGUCCAGACGAUCCCGGCGAGCAAGAGGCCAUCGCUGCUGUGGAGCAGUUCGCAAAGCCACUCCCAACCGGGCCAGUGGGGAUGCUCUGCAGGGCCGUUGCCGUUCGCUGCACUGAGGCAUGGUGGACUGAAGUGCGAAGGAGCUCAAGAUACUAUCUGCGAGAGGAUGAGACGCUUGAGCUGUACCGUGAGACAGCCCAUCUGGAUGCAAACAUCAAAGACGUCCAGGCUCGACAAAUGCUCUGCAUCGAGGAUGCCUUGUUUGAAGCGCAGAGCGAGGGCUUCGAAUGGUUGCUGCAUGUUGACGCAGAUGAGAUCCUGUUCUUCCCUGACCAGGAGCGGCACGCUGAUGCCCGGAGAUUCUUCGCUGAGGUCCCGCUGCACUUCACAUCGGUUCGCUUUGCGAACCUGGAAGCCGCCCCGCAAAGCCUCGAAACCGGCGACCCCUUCGAGGAAGUGAGCCUGUUCAAGAUGAACCCAAUGCUGCUCGAGGAGCUGGGCGUGGAGCCUCGGAUCCUCUCCUCCGGGGAGGUGGCUGAGGAAGACGAAGAGCUCGAGCCGGAUCUCUUCACGCGCCAGCACGCCGACGCCGUCCCAGGCGGCCACGCGCACAGCUUCAAGAGGCUCCCGCGCAAGGAGCGGCAUGCUCUGCGGAGGCUCUUGUCCGUCAUGCAUGACAUUGCCGCAAAGCGAACUCCGGUCCUGGAGCAACUGAAGGUGAAGCUGAAUCCAGUCGAGACGCGCCAGGCUCCGGAUGAUGAUUCGAGCGACGAUGAAAGUUGCUUCGGACCUCGGCCACACUGCCCGGCAUACUUCAACUCCUACUCCAACGGGAAGAGCGCGGUCAGGACUUCCAUCGGUCCGCGAGGUGAGCUUCCACCUCUCCCAGCAGGAGUUCAUGGCUUCUUGCGAGACGGAGGCAUGACGCUGUACACCUUGCUUUGCAAAGGGCCCGGAGCGCCAGUGGUGCUCCACUAUGCCAACUGCGGCUUUGACAGCUGGCGCCAGAAAUACGAGCUGCUGUGUACGGGUCACG